AUGAUGAUGAAGAUCCUCACGCCGUUAUCUCCUUCCCAGUGCGCUUCUCGCGUUCCCAAUCUCCACCUCUCUGUAUCGUUUCUUCACAGCGUGGCAAUAUCUUCGAACACGAAGCUUCCUGUAGAGGUAGAAGAUGACGCGGAAACCGUUUACCGGAUGAUCAAUGCAUCAAAUCUACAAGGUCAAUUGAAGGAAUCGUUGAGCUCCAGUGGAAUCCACUUGUCCAAGGACUUAAUCGAUCGUGUUCUGAAGAGGGUGAGGUUCAGCCAUGGAAACCCUCUCCAAACCCUAGAGUUUUACAGGUACGCCGGUGCCAGAAAAGGGUUUUAUCACUCGGCGUUUUCUCUAGACACAAUGCUCUACAUCCUCGGCAGAAACCGAAAGUUCGAUCAAAUCUGGGAGAUUCUGAUUGAAACCAAGCGAAAGGAUCGGUCUUUGAUAUCGCCGAGGACGAUUCAAGUGGUGUUAGGUAGAGUAGCUAAGCUCUGUUCCGUUAGACAAACAGUCGAAUCUUUCUGGAAGUUUAAGAGACUGGUUCCUGUUUUUUUCGACACUGCUUGUUUCAAUGCUCUCUUGAGAACUCUUUGCCAAGAGAAGAGCAUGACUGAUGCUAGGAAUGUUUAUCAUACUUUGAAGCAUCAGUUUGAGCCUGAUCUGCAGACGUUCAACAUUCUCUUAUCAGGUUGGAGAUCAUCGGAAGAAGCGGAAGCUUUCUUCGAGGAAAUGAAAGGAAAGGGGCUAAAGCCUGAUGUGGUUACGUAUAACUCUCUGAUUGAUGUGUAUUGCAAGGAUAGAGAGAUUGAGAAAGCUUAUAAGCUGAUAGAUAAGAUGCGUGAGGAAGAUGAGACUCCAGAUGUUAUCACUUACACAACUAUAAUUGGCGGUUUGGGGUUGAUUGGUCAGCCUGAUAAAGCUAGAGAGGUUUUGAAGGAGAUGCAAGAGUAUGGAUGUUGUCCUGAUGUUCCAGCUUAUAACGCUGCAAUCAGAAACUAUUGCAUUGCGAGGAGGCUCAGGGAUGCGGAUACGUUGGUGGAUGAGAUGGUGAAGAAGGGUUUGUCUCCGAAUGCGACUACUUACAAUCUGUUUUUCCGUGUUUUGUCGCUGGCGAAUGAUUUGGGACGGUCUUGGGAGCUGUAUGAGAGAAUGUUGGGGAAGGGGUGUUUGCCGAAUACUCAGUCUUGUAUGUUCUUGAUUAAGAUGUUUAAGAGACACGAGAGAGUUGAUAUGGCGAUGCGGUUGUGGGAAGAUAUGGUUGUGAAAGGUUUCGGCUCGUAUAGUUUGGUUUCGGAUGUGCUUUUGGAUUUGCUCUGUGAUUUGGCUAAAGUUGAUGAAGCUGAGAGAUGUAUGCUUGAGAUGGUUGAGAAAGGACAUAGACCGAGUAAUGUCUCUUUCAAAAGGAUCAAGCUGUUGAUGGAGCUAGCGAAUAAGCAAGAAGAGCUUGAAAACUUGAAACAGAAGAUGUCUAUUUUCGUUACAGAGAUUCCGACUUGA